AUGUCUAUGUCUGCAGAGCAAAGGUUCGCUCUCAUCAGUGAGAAUCUGGGUGAAAUUCUCAACCCAGAACUGAUUGAGAGUAUUCUCAAAGAGGGUCGCAGCCCUCGUAUCUACUGGGGUACCGCUACCACUGGCCGUCCUCACUCUGGAUACUUUGUUGCUGCCUUGAAGAUUGCCCAGCUCCUUGCGGCAGGAUGCGAGGUGGUCAUUCUCCUCGCCGAUGUGCACGCCUUCUUGGACUCGAUGAAGGCCCCUCUCGAGCUGGUCGAGAAUCGAGUGAAAUACUAUGAGAAGGUCAUUCGGGCCAUUCUCGAGGCUGUCGGUGUCUCCACCGAUAAGCUCGAAUUUGUCCUCGGCAGUUCCUACCAGCGCAACUCCGACUAUGUUAUGGAUGUCUACCGGCUGGCUGCGUUGACUUCCGAGCACGACUGCCGCAAGGCCGGUGCUGAGAUCGUCAAGCAAUCUACAAACGCCCCCAUGAGUGGACUGCUUUACCCGAUCCUGCAGGUCCUCGAUGAGGAGUACCUCAAGGUCGAUGCUGAGCUCGGAGGUCUCGAUCAGCGCAAGCUCUUUGUGGCUGCUACGGAAUGGCUUCCCAAGCUUGGUUACCGCAAGCGAGCUCACUUGAUCACACCCAUGGUCGCUGGAUUGAGUGGUGGUAAGAUGAGUUCCAGUGUCGAAGAUAGCAAAAUUGAUCUUCUCGACCCGCCAGAGGCUGUGGCGAAGAAGAUUCGCAAGUCCGAAGCGGCGCCCAAGAUUGUGGAGAACAACGGCAUCAUCGCCAUGGUUGAGUUUGUUCUUCUGCCCGCAGCCGGCCUCGCGGGUAAGAAGGAAUUCCGCGUUGAACGCCGGGACGCUGAACCCUUGAUCUACACCGACAUUCAACAACUCAAGGACGACUAUGCCAACGAUGUCUUGACCCCGCAAUUCCUCAAGCCCGCGGCGGCCGAGGCUUUGACUCGUCUGAUGGCCCCCAUCUACGAUGCUUACCAGGCCUCUCCAGAAUGGCAAGAAAUCACGCUCAAGGCCUACCCUCCUCCUGUUGUGCAGAAGAAGCAGAAGAAGGUCAAGGAUAGGGGCUCGCGUCACCCCGGCGCUGCUCCAGGACAGCAGGCGGAGCAAACCCAACAAGAGCUCCCUGAGAGACCCAAGGAGCAGUAG